CGACGACUUCCAACAUCGGCACAAUCGCUAUGCUUCCUUGGUGGACUGCCAGAACCACUUCUUUACUCCCGAAUCCUUCACUCUCGAGCCUUUUAACGCGUAUCGAACAAUGAGUUCUGACAGCCUUCUCGCAAACCUCAACCAGUCCCAACAAGCGGCAGUUUCCUCAUUUGCAGAUACAGUGGCAAUUCUAGCGGGACCCGGUAGCGGCAAGACACAUACUCUCACUUCUCGGACAGCAUGGCUCUUAGCACAAGGAGUACAGCCAUGGAAUAUUAUCGUGGCAACAUUCACGGUCAAGGCGGCGCGCGAGAUGAAGGAGAGGAUUGGGAAACUACUAGGCAACGGACUCGAAGCGAAACUCGUACUUGGGACCUUCCAUAGUAUUUCGAGACGAUACCUCGCGCGCUAUGGACAUCUUAUUGGGAUCAAGAAAGACUUUGGAAUUGCGGAUAGUGCGGAUUCUUUGGCGAUUAUAAAGCGGAUCUGCAAGAGGAAUAAUUUUACGAUUGACCCUAAAGUGGCUCGGUCUCGAAUUAGUGGGAGGAAAUCAAGAGGGGGACACGGGAAAGAGAAGAGUAAAUCAGGCGCAAAAUCGGUGGAGGUGCAGGAGUUCGAUUUGUGUUAUGAUCAGUACGAGGAGGCUCUCAAGAUAUCGAAUCUGUUGGAUUAUGAUGAUCUUCUUUUGCGAUGCGUUGAUUUGCUUCGUAACCAUCCGUCCUGUGCUUCGAAUGUCGAAGCGGUGCUUAUUGAUGAGUUCCAAGACACGAAUUUGGUCCAAUUUGAUCUCAUGCGAUUGUUUGCUGCUGAGAGGAAACGAAUCACUAUUGUGGGGGAUCCAGAUCAAAGCAUUUAUGGGUUCCGGGCUGCUGAGAUCAAGAAUUAUAAGCGCAUGCUUCGACAAUAUCCAGAUACCGUCACGAUAGCUUUGGAGGAGAACUAUCGUUCUUCAGGGGCAAUCUUGAUGUCGGCAUUGAGUGUGAUUCAACAGGAUGGUUCUAGGGUUGAUAAGUCGUUGAUGCCCACGCACACUGUUGGAACCCGACCUGUUCUCCGGAAACUCUACAAUGCGUAUAUGGAAGCCGAGUGGAUUGUGACAGAGAUCAAAAGAUGCCAGGGUAUGACGGGUGGCUUGAUGGAUUUAAAUGAUUACGCUAUUCUUCUUCGAUCAUCGUCCUUAUCGCGUCUUAUCGAGGCUUCGUUAGGGAAAGCCGGUAUUGCUUAUAGAAUGGUUGGUGAGUAUUGCUAGUUGUUUGGUUAUAUCGUAACUUACAGAUGAAACUAGGUGGUUUGAAGUUUUAUGAUCGAGUUGAAAUCAAGACGAUUUUGGAUUACUUGAGAGUUAUCAACCAGCCAGAAAAUAACGAUGCUCUUGCUAGAAUUAUUAAUACUCCAUCAAGACGUAUCGGAGAGGCCACCAUAAAGUCAUUGUUAGAGGAAGCCGACAAGAAAAAGACAACAAUGUGGGCAUUGAUUCUUGGAGCUGUGCAAGGCAGGCAAAAUACAACGACAAAAUUGCAGAAGCCAGCAGAGCAAAGUCUUUCAAAACUUGUCAAUAUCAUCUUGACAGCCAGAAAGAAGCUUACUGAUUCCAACGACACUUCUACUGUGGACUUGAUACGGUAUAUUAUGGAAAAGACGGGCUAUGAAAAGUGGCUGGAAGACCAUCAUGGUGAUGUUACGAAGGCUCGAUGGGACAACGUUCAGGAGCUUAUCACUCAAGCCAGCGAUUUUCAAGAUCUUCUUUCUUCUGGUUAUGAAGAUGAAGCUCUACCCGAGAUUGAAGGGCUUGAGCAAGAAGAAGAUGAUAACCAUUUAUCAAGGUUUCUGGCGAAUGUGGCACUAAACGCCGAAGUAAACAAAGACGACGCGGAAGGACCAGGAACAGCACAAGUAACGAUUUCAACAAUACAUGCCGCCAAAGGAUUAGAAUGGCCAGUCGUCUUCAUUCCCGCUGUUUACGAGGGUUCUAUACCACAUUCGAGAGCCGACGAUCCCAACGAAGAGAGGAGGUUGUUGUAUGUGGCAAUGACGAGGGCAAAGGCUUUGCUCUACAUGAGUGUUCCAAUCAAAAAUUCACAGAGCGAGGAGACAACUUUAAGUCCUUUUGUCUCGCCAUCUUCUCUGAACAGGCUUCUUGAAAAGAAAGGCCCUGCUUUGGGCUCUUCAACUGUUCAAUCAAUAGCUCAAAUUUUGCGCCGGGGAUGUCCAACCGCGAAUUCGAUAACGGAAUGUUGUUCACAACUUCGUAGCAUUGAAGAUAAUUUGUUCCCAGAAGAUGGCACAGAAGACAAUCAUCCCAAAUCGAGGUUUGAAACUAAUAGCGAGUUCUCAACUUAUCACAUGGGGCAAGCGCAGAAACGGCGGAAGGUUGAACUUAAUCGCUCGUUGAGCAAUAUCGAGCAAGCACCGGAACGAAAUUGGAAACCAACCUUCACAACUACGAUGGAUCGAGCUUCGGGUUUUACCGCCCUACCCAUGACCUCGAGGAAUGGGUUUGUCAGUGCGGGUUCACAUCUCCAAGUUCUUAAUGAGCAAGCCGCCAAAGCACCUCCAACCGUCGAGAAAGAGAUACCCAAAUCUCGAAAGAACCCCUCAAAAGUACCAGGCAACCAAGGAAACCUCAUGGCCUUCCUCGGGAAACCCGAGCCCAUCGUCGAACCACCCCGUCUCCCUUCAAGAACGACAAACAAACAAGUCCAUCAAUCACAAACAUAUACCUCCACAGUCCCAAGUACCUUCAACAACCCCCGCCUCCAUCCCACCCGACCUAGCAUCCCACCGCAUCGGCCCCUCUGCACGCCUCAAACCCCCCAUGUCAAGAGAAAGAGAACCCGAUACCCAUCCACGGAAUAACUACGUCUUCCUAUCCAGUUCUCCUCCUCGAGCUCCCAAAUCCAACCCUAAUCCCAACUCUAGUAUUCCAGAAAAACCUGCCGAGCCCCCGAAGCAAGGGCUUAUGGCUAGACCACCGUUGAUGUCUCUUAUCAGACCACCCGGAGGAGGUGGUGCAGGAGGGGUAGGAGCUAGUCUGCAUGUUACUAGUAUGGAUAGGGCUACGGGGUCGGGUGUUAAGAGGACUUUGGGGGUUAAGAGGGGAUUGGAUGGAGGGUGGGAGAAUAGGGGGAGUAAAGGGAAGGGGUUUAGGCCGCCGGUUUUGAGGGGGGGGAAGUAG